GAGACAAUGGUGCAUGUCAUGAGCCUCCCUGUGGAGGCUCGCACAGACGGCGUCUGCCUUCGUUGGCAUGGCAACCAGGCCGCAAAGUCCUGCUGGGCCAUCGACAACGUUGUCGUCACCAACAACGCUGACCGGCCACGCCACCUCCAGGACAAUUUCGAUAGCAUCGACAUUAGCAAUUGGAUUUUCUUUCCUGGUGCUCAGAUCAGGCGCGCGUGUCAGUCCCAGGGGGCAGCAGCGGUGUUCAGGGCGGCUGCGGGGCAGACGAGUUACAUCGAAACGCAGGAUCUAGAUUUGCAGACACCAGACAAUGAGGACGCACUACUGGCCGUGGAGUUUGAGUCAAACCUGCUGCCUGAUGGAUGGCAGCUAACAGGGGGCACUGUGAUCAACGGUCAAGUUGUCAUGAGUGGCGAGAAUGUGCGAAGGCUGUGUACCAACAACUUAGACUUGAGAAAAGCCCACAGUAUUCAGUUCCAACUUCAUCUGGAUGGCACUGAUGAGGUGGAGGUUGCCGAGGUCGAAAUAGAGCUAAAGGUGCGAGGCUCGAAGCAAAGACUGACUGAGCCAAUCGUCAUCUCCGAAGAGGCACGAGUCAGCGUGUCUCACGCGAUCGACAAGGCGUACCGGCGGAAGUCAGUGCGCGUCUGCUGGUCGCAGCGUAACCAGGCGGUGCCGGGGGCGACCGGCUGGCAGAUUGACCGCGUGCGCGUGCUGCCGCGCGUGCAGUCCGUCGUCACCCAUGUCGCUCAGUUUCGCAUCAGCACACAGUGCGGCACCCCGGCUGCCGAGAGCAGUGUAGCGCUACUGUACUCGACCAACAAGGGUCGCAACUGGCACCCGGUUCAAACGAGUUGCCUUCCUGGACAGGAAUGUUCAGGAGGAUUCUGGGCAGACAAGUCUACAUAUCAUCCCACAGAUACAGCUGGGUGGACGAUAGUAACCAUGCCGCUUCCCUAUGCUGCCCUUACAGACUCGGUCAGGUUCAUGUGGCGUGGGGACAAGCGCACUAACCAGAGCUGGGCCAUCGACGAUGUGUAUAUCGGAGCGUGCCCAGCAGGAUGUAGCGGCCAUGGUGCCUGCACUGCACAAGGCUGCAUGUGUGACCACGGAUACCAGGGGGAGACGUGCCACCUCUCCUACGUCUCCCCGCCGGCCUUCCUUCACGAAACGUUCAGCAGCGACCAAUUGACAGCGGGCGUCGCGACACUAGAGGGCGCUACGCGCGGCUUCCAGUGCGGCAUCGUCGGCUCGGGCAAGCCACUCGUGUUCGCUGGUGCCGGCCGGCGGCAGCUGACCACCGGCGACCUCUGCACAACCACGAACAGGUUUCUGCAGUUCGGCAUCCGGCUAGGCAGCAACGCGGCGAAGGGUCGCUGCACGGCGCCUGAGGGCCGUGAUGAGACGGUGCUGGUCAUGUACUCCUGCGAUGGAGAGCUGUCAGCUGCAUUCUCCUCAAGAACUCUCAGUUUGAUGGCUUCACAGACCCGGCGGUACUGA